AUGUUUGGCGCGCGCGCCUGCUUCGGCGGUGGUCCGCCAGACGCCAGCAGUGUCCGCGCGACGCACCAGCUGUUCGACCGGCGGGGAAAGCCAGCCUGCGACCAGCAGUCUCGCCGAAAGCAGACCCCGGCCCAGCAGGCCCGGAGGAGCGAGAUGCCCGAGCUGGACAGGUUCCUGGUGGACGGCCGACCCCCGGGCUUCGUGGUGGGCGAGCACACCCUCACGCUGGAGGUGGGGCUGAUGGGCGAGGACUUCCAGCGCCUGGCCGCCCGGGAGCUGCGGGAGUCCCCCGACGUGGUGCGGGACGCGCUGACGCAGCUCAGGGAGCUCCUGAGAGGCGAGAAGCAACUGGACGUGCCCUUGGAUGACGAAAACCUGCUGCUCACCUUCCUGAGGCCGUGCAAGUUCUACCCUCACAGCGCCUUCGACCGUAUGCGGAAGUACUACCGGUUCGCGCAGAAGAACCCGCGGCUGUCGGGGCAGCUGACGCCGGGGCAGACCCCCGGGGUGUUCGAGCAGGACCUGCUGAGCGUCCUGCCGAGGAGGGACCAGCACGGCCGGAGGAUCCUGCUGCUGGAGGCCGGCGGCAAGUGGAAGACGGGCGCGGUGUCGGCCAGCGACAUCCACCGCGCGCUGUGGCUGGUGCUGGGGGCGUCGGCCCUGGAGCCGCGCACGCAGGUGGCCGGCGCGGUGGUGCUGCUAGACAUGCACGGCCUGGCCGCGCAGCACGUGUGGCAGAUCAGCCCGGCCUUCGCCCGCAACCUGGCACACUGGGUGCAGGAGUGCAUCCCCGCGCGGCUGAAGGCCGUACACAUCGUGCGGCAGCCGUACGUCUUCAACAUGCUGUUCGCCGUCUUCAAGCCGUUCCUGCAAGAGAAGCUGCGCAACAGGAUCCACUUCCACGGCACCGACUGGGGCUCGCUGCACCGGCAAGUGGUCCCGGGGAGCCUGCCCCGGCAGUUCGGGGGCGAGCUGGACGUGCCGGCGGGCACUGCCUCCAAGCUGCACAGCACGCUCUGCCUCUUCGAGGACGUCUUCCGAGAAUAUUCAGAGUAUGGAUACAAGCAAUAAGAGGAUACAAUGGCGGACUACUUUCUCCAGCUUGGAAACAGUUUGCACAGGAGCCGCUAUGUGCUCAAGAGUCCUACGAUACCAGGGCCGAUGUGUGUCUCAAAGCCUCGGCAAGCGUACCUGCAAUUUCCCACACAGUUCUCCCUAAUAUUUUUGCCAUCAGUAAGGAUCCGUUUACUCACGGCUGGAAAACAUCUAACGUAUGAAGUAUUUGUAAUAAUAAUUAUUUGGAAAAUAUAUAAGUGUUCAAAAAGUCACCAGAUGCAGAAACUGGUCAGCGGGAAACAAACACUGCCACAAAUAGUCAAAACAGCUGUACUUUUGUUUCUGAUUGUAAGUGAAAAAUGGCUGACUAGGUGUCUUUCCUUCCAAGUGUUGGUCUGUGUGUAUGAAUGCUACUGUCCAUUUUCGUUAAUUUUAAUGUCUGUGAAAACCUAUGCGAGACCGUCCUUGGAACCUUUGAAUGUGGUUUAACACUUGCCUUUCUAUUCUAAUCUAAAAUUAUUUUUGCUGCCCCAGUGUCAUAGUCAGAAACGUCGUACACUUUCAGAUAGGAUUUUGGGGGGAAAACACCACAAGGUAAAAACAAAGAAACAAUUCAAUCAAGCUUUAUUGUACCCGAUUCAACAAAACUAUGUAUGUAGGUAUCGCUACAUGUUAACAUAAGAGCUGCAUAUUUACUUCUAUAUCACAGAUGUUUAUUUGGCUAUGGCAUGAAAAAAAAAACAUCUGCUCGUACGACAAGCUUAUCUCGUCGGUAGCAAGCAUUACGCAUUCUGGGCUACGUGUAAGAAUUGAAGUUCUGAUUGGAUAACUUGGUCUCCAAAAUGGUCAGGUGUGCAACAAUCUCUUUUUUUUGUAGAAUUUCAUGAAACAAUUCACUGAUUAAUCGCUGUAGCAAAUAUAGUCUUAAAAUUUGUAUACUUGUUGCACGGUACAGCGAUCAAAAUAAAUUUUAAAUGUAGUCUAAAUGCUGCACUCAGUAUUUAAGACUGGCUUACGUAAUACUAUAGAGUAUUUUUAUAAAUUUUUAUACAAAAAAUUAUAUUAUAAUUUUUACAACAGGUAUUUAAAUAAAAAUAUUUACAUUAUGAGUAUGGAAAAUAAACUACCAAAUUUCAUACCUGAGCUUACCAAAAAAAAAAAAACAUGCUGCAAAAUAAAUUAAAACCCAAAUGUAAUGUGAGGUAAUUUUUUUCUUAGAGAGUAUAAAGUAAAACUAAACAAACUAAAAAAAAAAUUUACCAGACUACAUUAUGAUAUCACGUGAAACUGACACUAAUUGUAUAGCUAACAACUGAUAAGCUUAGUGUUGGCAAAGUGCCGACAACAUUAAAAAUUUGAUUCAUAUGUGGGAUGGAUUUCUGGUCAAAAUACCUACUUCUUGCAAAUUUUGUCAGACAAGUUUCACAAGUCAUGUGCGAAUAUUCAAAAAAUCACAUGUUCACUGUCAGAAUGUAAAAUAUUAUCAGUGUGUGGAACAUUAUGCCAUUUUGGUUGUUUUACCUUCUGCAGAGGCAAUACUCAAACAGUGCCAAUCUGAGACCAAUAUGGAGUGAAUAAGCGAAUAAAUUAUCACUUUUCUUUCGAGACAAAGACAAGACUAUCUGCGAGCGUCUUUCUGCAGCACUCAAAAGGUCCUUACAAGUGUUAGUGAGAGCAGAAAAGUGAGCAACUUGAUAACAGGGAAUAAUAAUGAAUGGAUGAGAAGACCAUUGACCUAACAACACCCUACAACACAAUUUGUAUGACUCAAAGAGCACAGGUUUUUUUUUUUGUGUUUUUGUAACUUAUAUGUUAGUAAACAUUAUUAGUUAUUAAGCAGGAAUGGUUAAUCUGGCUAUCAAAAAUGAAGUAUUGUUAUCAACCAUGGGCAUGGCCCAGGGAAGGGGGGGGGGAGGGGAAUGGGGCCUCCUGAAAUUAAGAAGCCAUGCUGAGGGGGCCCGCUUGCAUUUUCAAAAUCAUGACUACUGUGAAAUGGGGUCAAUAAAUGUAAACAUUAAAACUAUGUUUCAUGGAAAAAUUUCUGAAUAUUUUAAAGUUUUCUGCUUAUUGCAUGCAUAUUAGCCAGAACAUGGGCAGUAUACAACAUACAAGCACCGUAUUCAGAGAUGACUUGUGACAGAUAAAAUCCUAUCACAAAUUUCCGUGGAACUCCCCCCCCCUCCCCCUAAGGGGAGCCAUCAGAUUUGCACCCCUGUGAACUAUAUCUAUAUGUUUGCUACUUAACGUGUAAUAUGUAAAGGAUCUAUUAAAUUUUGUUAACAUUGGGCUCAAA